AUGGCUGUAGCUUAUAAUAACAACUUACCGAUUCGUGAAGAUUUUCGAUGUGCUCUUUGUCGUCAGAAAAACGUUUUUCAUUGUGAACACGAUACAAAAUAUCGAGAUCAAAUUUUAGGAACAUAUGAUCCGUCUAUUCCAUCAUCAACUCAAAGUGAUCAGUUGGCUAGUCAUCGUGCUUUAGAACGUCAGAGACAUACGAGAAAUAAUAGUUCAAAAAAUAAUGGUCGUUUUAAAAAACUACCACCAAUCGCAUCGACAUCUCGUACAACAGUGGAAAAAGAUUUCGAAAAUAAAAGAGGUAAGAAAACGACGAACGAAUAUUCAGUGAAGACAUCUGAACAACAUAAAAAUAAAAAAUCUUGUACAAUACUAUAAAGAGAGUCGUAUCUCAACUCUUCAGUAACAAUCUGUUCACUUUCAACUACAACAAUAGAACAUCUGCCUUUAUUUCCGAAUGGGAUAUCGUAAACAAUUAUCAACCAAAAGUCCCAGCAUGUGCGGCAUUUUCCCCAGAGCCUAUAGUCUUUUCAAAUGUGAUAUGAAUUUUCUAACAAUGAACUAUUCAUGUUUGACAAAUGUUUGUAAAUGUAAAGCUACUUUUUACAUUUUAUGUUGAUUAUUUUUAUUUAUAUCGAGUAUCCGAUGUUGUCUGAUGUUUUUUAAAGAUUUUGUUUUCUACGCACAUGUUAACAAAGAUAUGUCACACAAAAGUUCUGGAUUUGGAAAUAAUUGCUCAAUCUCUUUCUGUUUCGAGAAAUCAAAAAUUCAGAAUUUUUUCCAUAAAUUAUUAAUGUAUUAAUCAUUAUAGCUAGUUCUCCUGUACGCAAUGACAUUGAUCAUCCUAUAUAAUUUUUUGUGUAUUCUGUCAGAAUAAAUCAUAACCGUAAGAUAAGAAAAGAUACUAGAUGAAAAACCUUUUGAGUUAAAACAGAACAUUUUUUUCCUAGUAAACCUCUCGUAAAAAACUGUUAAGGGUUUAGUAAGCGUUCUAAACCUUGUUAAAAAACUUUUAAAGGUUUAAGCUUGAUGAUAAACCUUUCGGAAAAACCUUUCGGGUUUUUUUUUAUGGGAUUUAGUUCGCUUACUAAACCCUUUAAGGUUUAGUAAACGACGCUUUUUUUAGAGUGCACUCUGCUACACUGCAGAGAUGGGCGAGUCAGUACUUUUUCGAGUCUGGGUCGAGUCCGACUCCGGGGCGCAUCAAAAAUUGACUCGAGUCAUUUUGGAUCAUUUUCUAGAGGGAAAAUUCCUCCUGAUUCAUUUUUCCAAGAACAACUUGAAGCUCACUAUUAAGCAUUCGUUUGUACUCAUUUUGUUGAACAUUUGCUACGUGUUAUCUAACCUCUUUUUUUGUAAAGCCUGGAUAUAAAGGUGGGUACCACAUAAUUCAAUUUUCUUUUGCAGGAACAGACAGAAACAUUUUAGCUAGUUCGAAUAAAACAGAAUAGUUAUUUUGUUUUUGAAAGAUACGAUUCGAACCAAUACCUCCUUCUACUAAAAUAUAAUAAACGCCGUCAUAAUAAUCCAAAGUUGCACUUGACCGACUCGAAAGGGACUCAAGUCAGUUUAUUAAGUUUAUUGAGUCUUUCGCCUCGAGUCCGGGUCAUAUAAAACUGGGAUUCGAGUCUGAGUGGUGACCUGGACUCGCCCAUUUCUGUUACAGUGCUUGCUGGAUUUUCGGCAAAAUUAUUUUGCACACGAUUGUUAAAGAAUGUCCAUCAGUUGGGAUGAUAGGCUAUAAACAGCGUAUGAAAGAAACAUGACCCUUCGAAGCCCUUAGUAGGAAACUUAUUUAUAUCUGGUUAAAGAUUUUAGUAAGAUUUCUCUUUGUCUUGUUCUCUUCCUAGGUCGUCGAAGAUUAUGUAAUUAAUUGUGUAUUAAAUGCUUUAAUGCCUUAAAUUUUGUAACUGUCUAAAAACAAGCAUUUAAUUGUCACAUUUAAUGCAUUUUUUGAGCUUUUCAG